AGCCAGCCAGCUCCCAGCCUGCUUUGUCACGUGUCACGUGCGAAGGAAUUCAGAACCAGAACACAUAAUAUUCUCAUGGAGAGACAGUUAUGAUGAUGAAACGACGAAAAGUCCGCGAAGCGAAAACGUUGUUUUCUGUUAGCGAUUCUAAAUCGCUUAUGUUUCGAUGUGAUUCACGAUUUCCAUGUUAUCGAAGACUUUUCACUGGAAACAUGCUCAUCUUGAUCUCCAUGUUUGUAGUAUUUUUAUGUGUGACCAUCUCUGAUGCAUUACCUGAACGUCGAUGCGGUACUCUAGAUAUUCGAAAUCAUCCGAGCAGAGGCUACAAGCUAGCCGGUCAUAAAUUCGUGUCAAAUGCUCAUGUGAACUGCAGCGUGAUGGAGGGAUCAUUUAUAAUGUCGCUGAUACAGAAUUCAAACGUAACGGAAGCUGAUUUUCCCGUAUUCCAACAUUUACGUGAAAUCACUGGCUCACUGUUGGUUUUUCAUGUUAGGAAGUUGUCGACGUUGUCAAGGGUCUUUCCCAACUUGAGGAUAAUCGGAGGGCAAAAUCUGAUCCAGCAUUUUUCUCUGAUUAUCUAUCAAAACGAGGAUUUGAUGGAUAUUGGUCUUUCCAGUCUACGUCUUAUUCGAAAUGGUGGAGUGCGAAUUGCCGAGAAUAAUAAAAUGUGUUAUUCUCGAUAUAUUGACUGGAAACAUAUCAUGGCUGGACCUUUGAACGAUAUAUUGGUAGACGAUGCGGUCGAAAUUGGAGUCGGAGAAGGGAAAAUCUUGUCAUGCACGGAUGAUUGCGAAGUGGAGGAUGAGUCAAAAUGUCGCCAUGUAACACAUUCUCGUGGAGAGCAGCUAUCAUGUUGGAAUAAGAACACAUGUCAAGAGGAUUGCCCUUACGAGCGCAUCAAUGGAAGUCUCGGACCCGGGUGUGCGGAUUCAAAUGGAGCAAAAUGUCAUGAGCAGUGUGUAGCCGGAUGUACAGUUCCCAAUGAUGACAAAGCGUGUUAUGGUUGUUUGCACUAUAACCAUGACGGAGCGUGCGUAGAGAAAUGUCCAAAAGUCUUAUUCACUUAUCUCAACCGACGAUGUAUCACUGAAGCUGAGUGCGAUGCAAUGUCACCACUACAUGGAGGGAAAGAUGUCUACAAACCCGCCAACGGCAUAUGCUCAACAAUUUGUCCAGAAGGCCUUGAAGAAGAUCCCAGCAAUAGGAAACGAUGUCGAAAAUGUGUUGGCGAAUGUAUACGGAAGUGUCCAGGAAACAUCACUGUGGACAGCAUGUCUAAGGCCAUGCAGCUGAAGCACUGUAGUAUUAUCGAAGGCUACUUAGAAGUAGAGAUGCGUGUCGGAAUGAGCACUGUUGCUGCGUCACAGCUGACCGAAGUUUUCGGAAAGAUCACCACUAUUGACGGAUAUUUUGUUGUUCGAUUGUCACCGUCUUUUGUAAAUCUGCACAUGUUUCGUAGUUUGAUCAGGAUUACGGGAAGAUCACUAUAUCGUGAUAAAUAUGCACUGAGUAUCUUCGAAAAUUCAAACUUGCAGAAAUUAUUUCCUCCAGAUAAUAAUCUUGUCAUCGAUACCGGUUCUGUGCAGUUCCAAAACAACCGGAUGCUGUGCUAUUUCCGCAUCAAAGAUCUAAUGACGAAACUCGGACGACAACAGGAGUUGGCAGAAGAGGAUCAAAGUCUUAGCUACUAUAGUAACGGGGAUAAGGCUAUCUGUGAGGAAUCCUCCUUCAAUCUCACCGUCGUGGAUAGUGCGGUGUCGCAAACUGCGUUUACACUGCGCUGGCCUGCACUCAACACUACGGACAUGGAUCAAAGAAAAUUCCUUGGAUAUGAUAUCCUCUAUAAGGAAGUCGAAUGGGAAGAUCCUAAUCUUUCGAUUGAUGACGAUAGGUCUUCCUGCCAAGAUACGGAUUCAUGGUUCUACCACUUUGAGGGGGUGAACGACAAUGUAGAAAGAAUCAACGGAACUGGACCCGAGUACGUUACAGCUAUGAUUGGAAACAGUCACAUCAAACCGCAUACCUUAUACGCAGCGUACGUCACGACGAAGAUGGUGCGACAUCAAGGUGCGCGAAGUGCAGUGUCCAACAUAGCUUUCGUGCGAACACGUUUUGCCGUACCCGAUCCACCGCGUUUGACGAAGGCCGAAGCAUUAGGAACUGACGAGAUUCUGUUGGAAUGGGAUCCGCCUCUACAACCGAAUGGCGACAUCUCACACUACGUGGUUAGCUGGAGAGCGAUGGACGAUGUGCAUAUGAAUCAGAACAUGGGCGCUGCUGUUUGUUACGAUGAUGUGGCCAGAAGCAGCUUGGAUAUAUCGCUUGGAGCAGCCGAUGGCCUGCUUGAGCCAUCGUCCACACCUGCUCCUAAAGUGACAUCAAUGCUGAUGGGCGCAGCGAGUGCAGGAAAAGAUACUUGCCCGAGAAGUGAAGGAUGUUGUAAAUGUCCACCGAAGGCACUAUCCACCGAUGCUGAUGAAAACAUUGAGUCGCAGACCGAGUUCGAAAAUGCUGUACAUAAUGUAGUUUUCGUACAAAACCAGCUAGCACGCCAACGUAGAGCUAUAACACAAUCACCACCCAUUCAAUCGAAAAAUGCUGCACUGAACAAGACCAAGAAAGCGAAGAACAAUGUGAAAAAGGAAGAUCUCUCGAAGUUGUUGGAUUCUGUGAAAAGCAAUGCACUUACGGCCAACGUUAGUGCAACUUCAUACGUAAUCAAAGGCCUGAAGCAUUAUACGCGCUACUUUAUCCAAAUCACCGUAUGCCAAGAUCCAACUGCCCCCGAAACUCACUGUUCCACAAGAAGAGCCUGGCAGUAUGUGAGAACCAAACCCAUUGUGGAUGCUGAUCGCGUGGACAAUACGACUAUUAACGUGGAGGUACUGAAUGGAACUUCUGAUAUACGAAUCACUUGGAAGAAUCCCGUCGAUCCCAAUGGACUGAUUGUAGCGUACAAAGUGAAGGUUAUCAACACUGCAAAGCAGUCGACUCCUGUCGACCAAUGCAUUCCUGUAUCAUCUGAAUGGAAUCCGGCAGUGAAUGGUGCUGUAUUCGAAGGUCUGAAUGAUGGGGAUUAUCGAGUUGAGCUUCGUACAGUAUCUCUAGCUGGUAUCUCCCAACCUGCUUAUGCUGAGGAACUGUUCCAAGUCUAUACACCGGGAUUCUGGACUGUGAAGAAUAUACUGCUCAUGCUGUUCAUCUUUCUCCUCUUUGCCAUAAUAGUCGGUAUUGUUGGCUACUUCUUUGUGAAAAAGUACUAUUCACAAAAAGUAAAGGAAUAUGCUACUCAACUCAUCUCAGCAAAUCCGGAAUACUUGUCACAGGCUGAUGUCUACAAACCUGAUGAAUGGGAGCUGAAUAGGUCAGAUCUUACUCUAGAGUGUGAGAUUGGCAGGGGAACGUUUGGAAAGGUCUAUCGUGGUUACGGCAAUAAUGUCCUUUCUAAAUGUGGAGAUACCUUUGGUGUUUGUGCCAUCAAGACUGUAACAGAAUCGGCAAACUCUGCGGAACGGCUGCAUUUCUUACUGGAGGCGAACGUGAUGAAAUCGUUCUCGGCUGAGGCGUUUAUAGUCAAGCUAUAUGGAGUGGUUUCGGAUGGACAGCCUGUGCUGGUAGUGAUGGAAAUGAUGGAAAAGGGUAAUCUCCGGGACUAUCUGCGUUCGAGACGACCUGGCGCUGAAGAAAACAUUGAGAAUUUGCCAGUACCCACUUCUGCUGAGUAUUACGAAUGGGCAGCACAAAUAGCUGAUGGCAUGGGAUAUUUGGAAUCGAUUCGCUUCUGUCACAGAGAUUUGGCUGCAAGAAAUUGCAUGGUCGACGUCAAUAAUGUGGUAAAGAUCGGAGAUUUUGGCAUGGCUCGAGACAUUUACUAUCAUGAGUACUACAAACCAAAUGGGAAGAGGCUUAUGCCUGUUCGCUGGAUGGCACCGGAGUCGCUGAAAGAUGGAACAUUCGACAUGAAAAGCGACGUUUGGUCCUACGGUAUCGUGCUGUAUGAAAUGCUCACUCUCGGACAAUUGCCAUAUCAGGGAUUAGCGAACGAAGAAGUGCUAUCCUUUAUUGGCAUCUCCAGAAAAAUACUGGAUCGUCCAAUGGACUGCCCCGACUUCUGGUACGACCUAAUGUGUCAAUGUUGGCGAUAUGUAGCUCGAGAUCGACCCACUUUCCGUCAAAUUGUGCACCACCUCUUGCCAUUCGCUAGCCCGCAGUUCCAAGAGGCUUCUUGGAUCCUUAAUCAUCCAAUCGCUGAAUAUCCAUCAGACGCUGAACCGAACUACGUACCAGAAGGUCAUGGGAUACGUCCAGUAACAGCGAAGGAACCCGUUGAUGAGGUCGAAUAUCGCAUGACAAAUCGCGCUGAAGGUGCAAAACCACGCUGGGGUGAAGGCGACUCUUUAGAUACAGAUUGUGACGCAGAAGACGAAGUGUGACAUAACAGUCACACAUCCUCGAAGAGGAGGAUCAUCACUUGAGGAAGAGUUGUCUCUCAUCGUUCUCGAUCAUAUACGUGUCACCUCAGCGGGUACAGUGUGUUUGUGUGUGUUGUCGUUGUAAUAAUUUGAUUUAUUUAUUUGAUCGUUGUUAAUAUUUGCAAAGAUCUUAUUAGUUAGUUAUAGUGAGUUCAAUCGUUACCAUUAGCCCACCAUAUACAGUUCAUAGAGCUCAAUGCGCAUUCAUUUUCGAGCAUAUCUUUUUUGUCUCUCUCGCGCUUCAUCCCCUUUGUUGUUGUUAUCAUAGUCAUGUCAAUAUCAACACUUCAUGAUUCAUCGUUACGACAAGACCCCAUAUAUACAUACUUUAUACAAAGACUAUAUAUCUCGUCAACUCUUUCCUCAGUCACCAUUCUCCCUCUUCUGUCCACUGUCAACGAUUCUAAAAAGCUAACUACGUCGCUUUCGUCACGUUACUGUAUGUACACAACGGGUGUAAAUAGAAUACGCAGAGAUAUGGCAGGUGUUGAGAGUUUUGAUUGUUUAGAGUCUAUUUAUUUUUUAUAAGUAUGGUCUAAAUAACUCUCAGCGCUAGCCAUGAAUAUCUAUUUCAAUCUAUUUGAAAAUACGAGCACUAUAUAGCAUGUGGUGGGCGUGAAAUGUUCAUUCCAUUAAUGUUUUUUGAAGUUAUUUCCUUGGUUCACAUGUUGUUUUUUCUUUCGAUUUUUCUCAUCAUCCAACACCUGCAUACUCAAUCAUCUACCUUUUUUGUUUGGUUUAGACAGCACACAUCAUCUCAGCGCGUUAUUGAGUUUUUCAGACGCAUGUAUAAUGUUAGCCAGUAGCGUUCGUUGUGAGAGGGGCUCAGUUCUCCCCUUAUAGGUUGGUGAGUUGUUCCACCUUGAAAUCUGUAUUCGACAGGAUUCGGCUAACGUUAAAUAUGUAUAGUAUGCGUCGUUUGUUUUCAAAACGGGUUUGUACUAAAAUUCACAGAUUCUAUGAAGACGACCCCACGUGGUCAGCCGCAAUUUUCGUUGAUGUUCAUAGUCUCUCCCUUUUGUCUUUGUGUUAAUGUUGCGUUCGCGCUCUCUCUCGCUCUUUGUCUCAUCGCACGCUGUGUUGUUCACCUCCGGGACUGACUUCAAAGACUCGGGGCCAUCCAUAUUACUUUCGUGUCGCGUACGUGUUGUUCAUACGUCGGUGUUUCACACUUGUACAUUUUUUUUACGUUAUAAAAAUCUUUAUUGUAU